CGUUCCCGGGGCGUCGCCCCGCGUGCGCCCGAGUCACCGCGGCCGGUCCCGGCACCGGAAGUGACCCUGGCGGGUUUGCCUUCAAAUUCUUGGCGAGCUGAAGCAUCGUCGGGGGCUGGUGACGGUUGGACCUGGCAGUGCUGGAUCCGUGAGCACAGAGCAGGGUGGUUGGGGCCGGACAGGGCCGGACCCCACUCCCUCGCUGCCCGGAUCCCCGCUUGGCCCUUCGUCUCCGCCUGGCGCUGGGCAGUUUCCCGAGGAGCCUCAGACGCCGCAGCUUAUAAUGAGCAUGAGUCUCCUUAUGAUUAGUGAGAAUGUAAAAUUGGCACGUGAAUAUGCAUUGCUGGGAAAUUAUGACUCUGCAAUGGUCUAUUAUCAGGGAGUUCUUGACCAAAUGAACAAGUAUCUAUACUCAGUCAAAGAUACAUACCUCCAGCAGAAAUGGCAACAGGUUUGGCAGGAAAUAAAUGUAGAAGCUAAACAUGUUAAGGAUAUCAUGAAAACACUAGAGAGCUUUAAACUAGACAGCACUCCGUUAAAAGCUGCACAGCAUGAGCUUCCAGCGUCUGAGGGAGAAGUCUGGUCCUUGCCCGUACCUGUUGAACGAAGACCCUCACCAGGACCUAGAAAACGCCAGUCUCCUCAGUACAGUGACCCUAAACCACAAGGUAACCGUCCAAGUACAACUGUCAGAGUUCACCGUCCAUCCGCACACGGUCUUCACAAUGACAAAGGGAAAGCUGUCCGUUGUCGGGAAAAGAAAGAACAGAAUAAAGGAAGAGAGGAUAAGAACAAAUCACCUGCUGCAGUUACAGAACCAGAGACAAAUAAAUUUGAUAGUACUGGAUAUGACAAAGACUUAGUAGAGGCUUUGGAAAGAGAUAUAAUUUCUCAGAAUCCCAAUGUUCGAUGGGAUGAUAUUGCUGAUUUAGUAGAAGCUAAAAAGUUGCUUAAGGAAGCUGUGGUCUUACCAAUGUGGAUGCCAGAAUUCUUUAAGGGCAUUAGGAGACCAUGGAAAGGAGUGUUGAUGGUUGGCCCACCUGGCACAGGGAAGACCCUCCUUGCUAAAGCAGUAGCUACGGAAUGCAAGACAACGUUCUUCAAUGUCUCUUCAUCAACUCUGACUUCCAAGUACAGAGGAGAGUCUGAGAAGCUUGUUCGUCUUCUGUUUGAAAUGGCUCGAUUUUAUUCUCCAGCCACCAUAUUUAUUGAUGAGAUAGAUUCCAUUUGUAGCCGCAGAGGGACUUCUGAAGAGCAUGAAGCAAGCAGAAGGGUGAAAGCCGAGCUGCUGGUUCAGAUGGAUGGUGUUGGAGGUGCUUCUGAAAAUGAUGACCCUUCCAAAAUGGUUAUGGUCCUGGCAGCUACUAAUUUUCCUUGGGAUAUUGAUGAGGCUUUAAGACGACGCCUUGAAAAAAGAAUCUAUAUUCCAUUACCAUCAGCAAAAGGCAGGGAGGAGCUGUUACGAAUAAGUCUACGUGAGCUGGAAUUGGCUGAUGAUGUUGACCUUGCGAGUAUAGCAGAAAACAUGGAAGGUUAUUCAGGUGCGGACAUUACCAACGUGUGCAGGGAUGCAUCCUUGAUGGCAAUGAGAAGGCGGAUUGAAGGUCUGACCCCGGAAGAAAUCAGAAAUCUUUCCAGAGAAGAAAUGCACAUGCCUACCACCAUGGAGGAUUUUGAAAUGGCUUUAAAAAAGGUCUCCAAGUCGGUGUCUGCUGCAGACAUUGAAAGAUACGAGAAAUGGAUAUUUGAGUUUGGAUCAUGCUAAAUUCUCACAUGUAAACUGUGAGAAACCUGCAUUCAGUGUUUGAAUAAUAAUUAAAUGUAGUAGUUCAUUGCA